AUGCGCAUGCUCUUCCUCGUGCUCGCCGCGCGCUCGGGAGCCGGAGUGACGGGGUCGGAGCUGCUGCAACGGCGCGAGUGGCCGCGAGGGGUCGUGCUGGGGCUCUCUGGAGGGCGAGACCACUACGCGGUGCUCGCGGCGGCGCAUACGUGGUUCGUCGUGAACAACAUCAUCGCCCUCGCCCUCUGUACCGCCGCGCUGGGCGGGAUGGGCGAUGCUCUGUUUCCGAUCCUUGAUGCAUCCAAUGCGGCAGGACUCGACUUAGCCCCGAUGGAAGCUGCGUGGGCGAUGCUCUUUCUCGGCGUCCUGUCUGGACUCACCGCGCUCUUCCUGGGCGCAGCAAAGGAGUCCUGGAAGUUGGCGAUUUUGCUCGACCUUGCGGCAUUCGCCUUCGUCUGUCUCUCCUUCGUCUGGUUCAGCCCGCUCUGCUUUGGGGCAUUCGGAUGCUUUCGAUCGGAAUUUUCAUGGUACCACGGCGUCAAUAUCGGCGGUUUGAUUAACUACCUGUUUGCGGCGCUGAACGCCCACGUGGCAGGCCAGGCUAAGUAA